CUCGAGAUGAUGAGUAUUGAAUUGUUUGUUGUGCUAUACUUACGGUGUAUGGUUCUGCAUGUGAGAGACAGUUUAGGCCUCUGAAAGUGACAGAAGAACUACAGGGAGUCAGAGAUUCCAUAAUGUCUUCCUUCAGUGUCCUUGCUUCAUUGCCGGAGAAUCAUUUCCAGUGUCCGAUCUGUCUGAACGUGUUCAGCGACCCGGUCACCACACCUUGUGGUCACAACUUCUGUAAGACCUGCCUGAGCGAGCACUGGGACCAGAGCGAAUUAUGCAGCUGCCCGGUGUGUCAUAAAAGAUUCCACAUGAGGCCCGAGAUCUCCACAAACACAGUCAUCGAAGAGAUUUCAGUCUGCAUCAAGAAAAGGAAAGUUGAGGAACCUGAGAGCAGCGCUGAUGCACCGUGGCAGGUGAAGUGCGAUGUGUGCUCAGAGAUCAAAUUCAAGGCCCUGAAGUCCUGCCUGGUGUGUCUGACGUCGUACUGUGAAGCCCACCUGGAGCCUCACCAGAGAGUUCCCUCUCUGAUGAGACACAAGCUGGUGGACCCGGUGGAGAAUCUGGAGGAGAGGGUGUGUGAGAAGCAUCAGAGGAUCCUCGAGGUUUUCUGCAGGGAGGAACAGGUGUGUAUCUGUCUGCUGUGCAGUGAGACGGACCACAAAAACCACGAGAUGGUGCCCGUUGAAGAAGAAGGGGCUCGGCAGAAAGAAAACAUUGAGUCCAAGAUGGCAAACAUCAAGUUGAUGAUUGAUGACAGGAUGGAAAAGAUAAAGGAAUUCACCCACUCUUCUGAAAUGAGCAAAGAAAAAGCAAAUGAGGAGAUAGAUGACAGUGAUAAGCUCUUCAACACUCUGAUAAAUCAUGUACAAGUGGCACAAACAAAACUGAGAUCUAAUAUCAAAAAGAAGCUCCAAAAAUCCCAAGAGAAAGAUGAAGCAAUGAUUGGAGAACUGCAGGAGGAAAUCAGCCAACUGCAGGGGAAGCACUGUGUGCUGGAGGAGCUUUCACAAAGUGACGACUACUUUUACCUUCUGCAGACUUUGUUGGCCCUGAGCACCACAUCAGACACCAAGGACUGGUCUAAGAUCAGGGUUUACUCAGACCUGUAUGUGCAGACGUUGAGGAGAGCCAUGACUCAUCUUGUGCACACUUUCCAAUCAGAACUGAAAACUCUGACAGACACGGAACUAACCAGGAUGAGACAGUAUAAAGAGUCCGUCACCUUUGACUCAGCUACAGCUGGUAGCUACCUUGUGGUGUCCGACCAUGGGAAAUGUUUGAAGUACAACAAAGCUGCAAGCCCCCCAUGGUCUGAUGACCCAGACAGGUUCAACCAACCCAUGAUUUUAGGGACGAAGGGCUUCACCUCUGGGCGUCACUACUGGGAAGUCCAAGUGGGCCUGAAAACAGACUGGGACGUCGGCGUUGCAAAGGAGACGGUAACCAGAAAAGGGAGGAUAACCCUGAAAAGAGAAAAUGGCUUCUUUGCCAUAGGAAAGAGGGGCCUCGAUUAUGAAGUUCAUUGUACAACCUAUACAGCUCUCCAUCUGUGUCCCAGACCAAGCAACGUGGGAGUGUAUUUGGACUAUAAUGAAGGCAGAGUCUCUUUCUUUGAUGUUGACAGGAAGUUGCACAUUUACUCCUUUACCGGAGAAUCUUUCUCAGAGAAACUGUUCCCAUACUUCUAUCUGUACAGCUGGGUCAAGAAACCAAAGCCUUUAGUUAUUACCCCUAUGUAAGAAGAAGAAGCAUCUGUUCUUUCUCUCAUUCACUUCCCUCAACAUGCUGAAGAAUAACCAAACAGCAUUAAGUAAUUGUUAGGACAAACCUCACAACUCGUAUAAGGUCCUUCAAAGGUAUCUUCAAAUACUUCAUGUCCCUGAAACCUGUACAACCUAAGCUAAACUUGUAACAACUGGUGACCCAGGUGAGAGUGGACUCAAAUGCACCACUCUGGAGACAGUUUGGAUACAAUAAGGGCCCAUUUAUGCUCCCUUUACGUACGAAAAUGUGUACGUCCGUUUCAAACGAUGUUACCGUCACUGCCCACAUACUUCCAUGCGCCCUUUACGUUGGCAUGGAUGUUAACCAAUAUAUCCACCAGGAGGCAGCCCAGCAUCAAAAGCUUAUGACAACAACAAACUCAAAAACAAACAUGGCGACUGUGGAGGAGAUAUUGAUAAUGUACCUCUUGCAUAAAAGACAAAAACAGAGGCAGCGUUGUAGGAGGCGGUGGUCGGUGAGGCCGGUGAGGCCGUUAAAUACAUCGCGACUGGAGGAUGGAGAAUUCUUUUCUCUAGUACUGCCGAUGAGAGAAAUUGAAUUGUUAUUUCUUCUUCGUGUCUCACUAGAGCUACGUAUCGGGUAGUGACAACAACACUGUCCCCACGGUUCCCGGUGGUACUGCUCCGUAAGCUUUAUGGAAACGUGCAGAAAUACGGACAAAAUGAACGCGGAGCACGGACAGAAGGCUCUGUCCGUAUCUGGAUCCGUAUUUAACGUUGAGCAUAAAUGGGCCUUAACAGUCUUUACUGGUCAAAACGUAGGUUCGGAACACAGAACGACAAUCAGUGGAGGCAAACAAAUCCAAUAGGGAUGAGGCACAGUCAAUUAACAGGCUAAAGAAAAAAACAAAACAAGGAAAGAACACAGCGAAACAAAAGGCUGGAACGCUAGACACACAAGGAGCUAUGACGAACUGGCACUGGAGGACACAGGUGAGGCUAAUCAGACAAUCAGACAGAGGUGAAGUCAUCAAAAGGGAGGGAAAACACACAGGGGCAGGAAGUGAAGUGAUCUGAAACAAGAGGAGAUGUGAGUUUCAAAGUAAAACAAGAAACACCAUGAAGGAAUGAAAUACACAAAAAAAAACAACGAAGGAACUCGAGCUGUGACAAAAAGGUUAUAUAAGUCAAUAAACCAUAAUUAUAGAUAAAAGUACUGAAAUCAAUUUAAAUAAUUAAAAAAAAUACACAUAAAACAUUCUGAUACAAAAGAUUUCUAAAUUUCUCAAUAUUUGAACUAUGUAUAUUAUUUAGUUUUUUAAGAUAUGCUUGUUUUUAUUAGCAUUAGCAUUAUUAGUUAGUUAUCUGCGCAGUUUUGCACCACGUUAUGUAACAAUGUCAUCACGAGUGUACAGCAUGAUGACACGGAGGACAGGAGCCUUAGCUUUCUGCUGCAAAGAGAAUUAAUAUUCUAGCUGUUAAGAUUUUUAUUCUAGAUUGAUAUAUACAGGGUUAUGCAAACAAGGAUCUCCUGUGGUCAUUAUGGGGAAAUACCAGCGCCACAGGGCACUGUCACCAUGUUUGCACUGUACAUAAGGUAGCUUUCUGCUGCCAAAACAACUGCUGUAGCUACCACAUUUUGUAUUUUAGAUGGAUUUAAAUUGGAUAAUUGAAACAACAGUCCAUCAUUUUAAAAAGGGUUUAGGGCCUGUUUAUACGCUUCCGUAUAUUUAACGGUAUUUAUCUUUGUGUUUGCACCUAAAAUUUACACAUAACCAGCGUUUUUCUCGACGAAAACAGAUUUUCAAAAACGGUUUCCAUAGUGAAAGUUUUUAAAAAUAUCCAUUUCUAUGGAGAUGUGUAAACAGGAAAGACGGAGAUUUUGGAAAACUAUGACAUUGCAACCCAGUUCGCGCAUGCCCAUUAAUCGCCCGGUAAACACAACCGCAAUGGCGGCUAUAUGCCGCGUUGUUUACGUUUUGUUAGCACUUUUGGGACUACUUAUGAGCUUACAAAUAAACUUAGCACUGCUGCAUCAACAUCACCACUACAUCGGCGCACAAAGACGUCUGCUGUUCCCAAUAUUAGUAAUUUCAUAGCACCUAACUAUGCUACAUAAAGGUUAAAAUGUAGUUUCACUGUUUUUAUCACUAGCCCAAGAGAAAAAACAAAGCACUGUGCAUGCGCAGAAUGUUCUUCUAUGGUGUUUGACAAAUGGUGUAUCGCCACCUACUGGCCUAGCAUGCUAAUUGCGGCAAAAAGCUGCCGUUUUUGUGUAAACAAGGACAUCGUUUUCAUAACUCAUCGUGUAAACCUGGAAUUUUUUUUAUAUGGGAUAAAUAAAAAUCUAUUUUUAUUUGUAUCUGUGUAAACAAGG